AUGAAGGCGGCAUGCUUUGCAAUAGCUGUCGCAGGAUGUGCGUUGCUACCUUCCGACGUCGACGGCGUGCCGAUGUAUGUGUCGAGGAUUCCGAACGGAGAGAAUGUGCCCGGCAUCAAGGCGCUAGGGCACGAAGACACCGUCGGUGAAGAGUCUAUUCGCAACGUGUUCGGCAUCGCGUUUGAGGAGUCCGGCACCGAGUGGACGAAGGAAUUGUGCGAGGCUGACUCGGACGAAGACGGUCAGACGAAUGGGCAAGAGUUGGGAGAUCCGUGCUGCGUCUGGGUCGAGGGCGGUACACCGCAGUGGACGGAAGGGGUCUCGCACCCGGGUGACGCCUCCAUGAAGUCCGAGGAUUCUCUCUGGGCGAACCUCGACUGUGAAGUCGUGAGAGCGCAAGCUGAAGCAACAGCGGAAGCGGAGGCGGAGGCGGAAGCGAGCCAGAACGAUCCGAACGAAGGCGAAGACAGCGAGAUCGACAUCUCGAUGGGCGACGAAGAGUCUGCGGCCUCAAGUUGGAAGCAACCGGAUGUCAUUUCGACGCUGCUGUGUGCUUUCAUCACUGCGGUGUUGCAGCUAGCCUGGUAG